CCGAACCCGCCUGUCCUGUCCUCCCCGUUCCGUUUUCUCUCUCUCUCUCUCUUCCGUUACUUGCUCCUGUUGGUUUUCAACAAUCUUUUUCUCAUAAUAAUAACACACUUCCUUUUCACAACGCAUCCAAAAUCUAAAUAUAAGAUUAGAAUGAAUAACUUCCACUUUCCUUCUCUUCCUCCACCCUGUCAUCACACAUCAACAACCAUUUUUCAUUAAUACCAACAAUUUCACUUUCCUUCUCUUUUCUUUUCUAGGGUUUUUCUUUCUUCCCUUUUUCCCCCUUCUAUUUCCACUCUCUCUUCCUUCUUUUUCAUACUCAUCCAUCCACACGCACCCACUCUCGUUAUCAUAAUUUAAUUACUCUUGUUUUUUGUUUUUCUUUUUCCGUGGGUGCGUGUGGAACUGAAGUGAUUUUGAUUGAUUGUUGUUAUAUACACAUAUAAAAAAAAAUGGCGUAUCCGGGUCCGGGUUCGGGAUCGAGUUCGAGUUCGGGGUUUCAAUUGCUGAAUUCUCCGUUUGGAGAUACGACUUAUACUAAGGUGUUUGUUGGGGGAUUGGCGUGGGAGACGCAGAGCGAGACUAUGCGGCGUUACUUUGAUCAAUUUGGGGAAAUUCUUGAAGCCGUUGUUAUUACUGAUAAGAAUACAGGACGAUCUAAAGGCUAUGGUUUUGUGACUUUCCGUGAUCCAGAAGCUGCUAGGAGAGCCUGUGUUGAUCCAAGUCCUGUUAUUGAUGGUAGAAGGGCCAAUUGUAAUUUGGCUUCGCUUGGUCGUCCGCGCCCUCCUAUCCCUUUUGUAGGACGGGUAAGACCAGCAUCCCCUUAUGUUGGAAGUUUGCAACCAGCCCGUGGUGCUUACGUUGGAAGUUAUGGCUACCAGCAACCACUUUCCUAUGGCUAUCAACAAGGAAUGGUUUAUCCUCCUUAUGGGUAUACGGCAUAUGGACCUGAGUACGUCUACCCACAGAGUAUGUACAACCCUUAUGCGGGCCAACAAUACCUUCAGAUAUAUGGCGUACCGGGUGGGGUGAAUACAGCCAUUUAUCCUUAUGGACAAAUGGGUCAAGCUAUUCCUGGUGGUCAUGGUUAUACAGCAAUGCAGGGUUAUACAUUACCAGGUCAUCAGGUUGUUCCAUAUGCUGGAUCCAGUGUUAAUGCAAUGACAACUUCACCUAUGCCUGCCAUUCAAGCCUCAUAUCCUAGUGGAAUUGGUGCACCAGUUCCAGGCCAACAAUUUAUUGUUUCUCCUCAGUUCAUACAAGGUAGCGGUCCUGACCAAACAGCUGGUUGAGGGGGCGAUUAAGAUAUCCUUAGUUUGCAGCAGGACUAAGAGCAGUGGAACUGCUACUUGAGUGGCGGGCUUCUAAUCUAGCCUUGCAAGUAUUUAUUUUGCAUUCUAGAGGUCAUAUAGUCAUGCUCACAAAGUUGUGUCUGAGUCAGCUCCAGAUGGCGAAGGAAAAUGGAACAUGCAGGCUGCUUCUUCCAUUUGGACGUUUACGCUACCGUAUUUAUACCUAAUACUACUCGUACUCAAGAAGAGUGUUGGUAGUAUUAGAUCAAUGGUUGUCGGAAAAGGUUUCUGGCAACCAUGUAGAAAUAAUAAACUUGUGUAAAAAGAAAAUCACGUCUGAAUCAAAUUAUGAUUCCCUUAGUCCUCCUGUCCAUUAUUGGGUUUGUAGAUAGUAGUUGUCAUCGAUGAUGUUCGUGGCGAUGGAUGGUCCAUCACCUCAUAUAUGACUUUUGUGCAUAGUAGUUGUCAUAGGUUCUACCACAAAACAUGAUUGUAAUUUUAUGAUUUUAUGCAGAACCUGCCGUUAAUGCAGGGUAGACCCAUUAGAGAAGAUUGCGCAUUCUAGUGUUCAUAUUA